GCACUAAGGUUAUGGAUUAGGCCACAUGAUGCUUCCUCUCUCCAACUCAGAAGCCUCGCAUGAAACCUCCUCUGACCUCUCAAUCCUCAAAUUUCCACUCUUUAUAACGAACCCUCAACACACUUUUUUCCACUCAACUCAAUAUCUCCUCCUCCAACUUUGAAUAUUUUCAAGAAUUUGAACAUAGAAAAUUAGAUUCCUCUCCAAUUGCCUUUAAAUUCUCUUGUUUCAUUAAAAGAUCAAAGAGAUGGGCUCACCACAAGAGAAUUGCUCACUUGAUUUGAUUAGGGAGCAUCUUCUUGAUGAUGUUCCUUUCAUGGAUUAUUACUGCUCCCAAAUAACCCAAACCUCCUCCUCUUCUCAAUCUUUAGACUCUAGUGUUAAUAAUAAUUCAUCUGAAUCUCUGGAUCGAACUUUCUCUUUUGAAACAACUUUCAACUUAGCUGAAAGUUCGAAUGUUGAUAUCUCAAGCUUCUUUAGUAGCUCAAAAACAGAGUUCGAUUGCUUUUUCGAGUUGGAGACUAAACCAAAUGUGUCAGCUGCUCGUAUCACUUCGAAUUCUCCGAAACAAACAAGCUUCAAAGAACGCAAGCCUUCUCUUAACAUAGCGAUACCCGCGAAGCCAAUUGUUCAGAAAGUGGAAGUUGCUAUGGAGAGCGAGAAGAAGCAUUACAGAGGAGUUAGGCAACGUCCAUGGGGGAAGUUUGCGGCGGAGAUUCGUGACCCUAACCGUAAGGGAACCCGGGUUUGGUUAGGAACCUUCGACACCGCCAUUGAUGCUGCCAAGGCAUAUGAUAGGGCGGCGUUUAAGCUUAGAGGAAGCAAAGCAAUACUGAAUUUCCCUCUUGAAGUUGCAAACUUUAAGCAACAACAUGAUGUUGAGAUUCAGCCACAGCCAGUGAACUCGGGGAGGAAAAGGGUGAGAGAAACAGAGAAUGAGGAGCAAGAAGUUAUCAAGAAGGAAGUGAAAAUAGAAGAAGAAAGAGCAGUAACUGCAGCUCCAUUAACGCCAUCAAGUUGGUCAGCAGUUUGGGACUGUGGAAAUGGAAAGGGCAUUUUUGAAGUGCCGCCACUAUCACCAUUGUCUCCACAUAUGAGCUAUUCUCAGCUGGUAAUGAUAUAAUCAGAGGACAACUACUACAUAAUAGGGAUGUUAGUAUUUGAUAAGUAUGCACCUGACAGCAAAGGAAGUCUGAGGUGAAUUUUCAGAAUUAGGAUUAGGAUUAGGAUUCAAGAGAAGAUGGAGAAGAGGGCACGUGUUCUUUGGGUCUUGAAUCUUUUAUAAUUUUAUUUAUUAAGCGUUAUUUAAUGUAAAUACGCAAUCAGUCCAGAAGUUUGUUCAAUUGAUCUUAUUCAUCUUUAUAAUUUGGAAAUAUGAAAGCAUAGACAUUUAUAUGAA